AUGCCAUCGAACAAAACAGCAAAAUCACCAUCACCGAACACGGCAAUCACCGAUGACCAAGAUGUUGAAGUCACUGCAACCCCACCAAAUCACACCGGACCAUCCUCAUCAUUAUCGGCACUGGCUACCCCCCAACGCUCAAACACAACUGAAUCUUCUCUUCUGAGGCAAAGACUGCAACAACAGCAACAGCAACAGCAACAACAACAGCAACAGCAACAACAACAACAGCAACAGCAACAACAACAAUUGAGUGAUCCCAACACCAAAGCUGCAAAUUCACCAGUCAACUUCAACACGUCCUUUGAUCUACUCGAUUAUAAGUCCCUCACAUUGGAAAAUAAAGGAUCAGUAGCUCGUGAUCAUAUGGCCAAUGAACGUACUUUUUUAGCGUGGUUGCGUACUUCACUUGCGUUCAUAACAAUCGGCAUUGGAGUCACUCAAUUGUUUCGGUUAGAGAAACCAGGAACAAAAGUACACACCACUGAUCGAAUAAUCGAAUUACUAAUGGAUCACAAGAGUGAUGAUUUGAAACGAUACGGGAAACCUUUGGGGUCUAUAUUCAUAGUGUUGGGGAUUUUGACAUUGAUUAUGGGGUUCAAACGAUACUUUCAUGUUCAGCGGUUAUUAACGAAAUCCUAUUAUCCUGCCGCUCGAUUGGGUAUUGGAAUAUUGUUGUUUUUGAUCUUGAGUGUUGUUUUGGUGACCUUGGCUUUGGUUAUGCAAACAUCACUACAAUGA